AUGCAGAAUUCAACAGAAAUAUUGUUUGUUCUACAAGGACUGAAUGAUACGAAGUCAAAGAAACACGCAUACUUUGUCGUCACUCUUCUCGUUUACCUUUUUACUAUUUUAGUGAACCUGACUUUGAUUACCACAAUAUUUUUACAUAGAGUGCUCCAUGAGCCAAUGUUUAUAUUUCUGUGCAACUUGUGUGCAAAUGGGUUAUUGGGUGUCUCUACAUUUUAUCCGAAAAUAUUGCUGGAUUUGUUAUCUGACGUAAGUGUUACUCCGUAUAAAGCUUGUCUUGCUCAAAUGUUUGUAAUAUACAGUUAUGUCUGCUGCGAGAUGACGACCUUAUCUGUGAUGGCUUUUGACAGGUAUGUCGCGAUAUGCAAACCCCUUAAUUACCACUCCAUCAUCACGCCUCGGAUGGUAGUGAAUUUGGUGAUUUUCACCUGGCUGUCUUCCAUCUGUGAAUCAGCUGUUGUGGUGAGCCUGAUAGCCAGACUGCCCCUCUGUGGAUUCAAAAUCGAAAAACUUUAUUGCACAGGCUGGGCAGUGGUGAAGCUGUCAUGUGUUGAUACAAGUAUCAACAACAUUUCCGGGUCAAUUUUCUUGUUCAUACACGUUGCAGAAGCAGUCGUGAUCUGUUUUUCUUAUGUUAAUAUCGUCAGAUCGUCUGUGCGGUCGCAGGAAGAACGGAGUAAGUUCAUGCAGACCUGUUUGCCCCAUUUAAUCUCAUUGGGCAGUUUCGCAAUUGCUGGUGUUUUUGACCUUAUGUACGCACGCUAUGGUUCUACUAGUCGUCUCCAUGCUCUCCGUCAUUUCAUGUCAUUGGAGUACCUCGUUGUUCCACCGCUCCUAAACCCCCUCAUGUACGGCCUGAAACUGAAGCAGAUCCGCCAGAGAAUCUUUGCAAUUUGCAGCCGGAAAGUAGAUGCUCUAAAGUGA